AUGUCUUCGAAUUGCGUCGAUGGCUUCUGCCUCGUCUCUAGCGACAGUGACUUCACCCCAUUAGCCACUCGAGUGCGCGAGUCUGGGCUAAUGGUAUUUGGAUUUGGGGAGCGCAAGACGCCUAAAGCUUUCGUCGCUGCGUGCGAUAAAUUCAUAUAUACCGAAGACCUUCUUUACCCUUCAGGGCUUGCACCGCAUUCAGAUAAGGCUGAAGUUCCCCAAAGCCAUAAUUCGGUCCAAAAAGCCAAAGAAGAUGGUCACCCAGCUAUUCGGCAGCAGAACACGGCAGAGGCCUCUCUCAACAACAGCGGGUGGGCCAGGCUAUCUGAUGUUGGUGAGCAUCUCACGACACGACACCCGGAAUUCAACAUCUCCACACACGGAUACUCCAAGCUUAGCAAGCUAUUCUAUGAUUCGCCCGAUUUUGAUAUCGAACAUCGCCUUUCUCAAUCAGACAAAUCCCCGGAAUUAUACUCAUAG